CAUGUGCUCCUGUUAACAAUUUCAUAAAAUCCCGGCUAAAAUGGAACAUUUCUGACCAUUAGAAAAGGAGACAGAAAUAGUAUGUCUGCUCUUUUCUAGUGUCCAAAGCAAGCCAAAGUGCAGAGCUCACAUGUACAUACGUGGCUUACGCAUGUGUGCAGCAUUCCCUCCCUAAUGCUGCUUGCUGUUUGCAUCUCACAGUCUCAAAUCUGACGUCACUGCACCAAGCUGAUGGUUUGAUGCAAUGGCCAUGGCGAUAUUAGUAAAGCGCGUGUAAAUAGUGUAAAUCUUGCGAAUUGAUAGAAAUAUAAUUUUCUUUUUACUUCAAGUGUAUUACAUACUUCAUUAUGGCUGAUAAAAGACAACAUAAUUUAUCGAAAGAAGAAAUAGCCAAGCAGUUUAUGCUGCCAGAAAGAAAAAGCAAAAUUGCAACAUUAUUGAAACAAGAUGGCCAGGCAUAUUGUAUUUGUAGAAGUUCUGACAGUUCCCGUUUUAUGAUAGGAUGUGAUGCCUGUGAAGAGUGGUACCAUGGUGAUUGCAUAAACAUAACUGAAAAAGAUGCAAAACAUAUUAAACAAUUUUUCUGUGUUCGCUGUAGAGAAGAAGAUCCCACUUUGAUAACACGAUACAAACCGCGUAGGACUGAUCAAGAUGACAGGAAGCAUAAAAAAUAUGAGAAGGAAAGAGGAUAUCGAUACGAAUAUGAUGCACCUUAUGAUCCUAGUGUAGAAAAAAAGUCCUCAAAACGUUGCGGAGAAUGUACAGGAUGUCUACGUACAGAAAAUUGUGGAAAAUGUGACGCCUGCAGACAUCUGAAAAAAUUCGGGCCUUCAACGCGACUAAAGCUCAGAUGUAUACAACGGACCUGUCGUGUAUUGGGAGAUCCGUUGAAACCUUCCAAGAGUCUUAAUAAAGGAACAAAGUCGAUCAAGAAGCGGAAGAGAGAUUCGAGUAAUGAGAGAAACGAUCACUUGGAGCCGCCACGACACUGCUAUGGACCCGCAUGCACGAAACAAUCACGGCCUGGCAGUAAAUAUUGUUCGGACGAUUGCGGGUUAAAGCUGGCGACGAGUAGGAUCUAUCAGGUGCUACCACAGCGGAUACAGGAAUGGUCAUUGACGGCGUGCAUUGCUGAACAGAACAACAGGCGUGCCCUGGAAUCGGUUAGAAAGCAACAACAUGAUGUCCGCAGGAUAUUGCAAGAACUGGAAAAAAGACACGUCGAGCUGGAUCGCAUCGUCGAGCGUGCGAAGCACGCGACUAUCGAUCCACAAGCAGAGGUGGAUGACAAUGACGAUACGGAAAGUAGCAUGUAUUGUAUCACGUGUGGCCACGAGAUCCAUUCGAGAACUGCUAUUAAACAUAUGGAAAAGUGUUUCAAUAAGUACGAAUCACAAGCGUCCUUCGGUUCAAUCUUUAAAACGCGCAUCGAAGGCCAGGUGAUGUUCUGCGACUUUUAUAAUCCUGGGAACAGGACCUACUGCAAGCGACUUCGUGUCCUCUGUCCGGAGCACUGCAAGGAUCCGAAAAUCGGCGACACUGAAGUAUGCGGUUGCCCAUUGGUUACGAAUGUGUUCGAUGUUACGGGCGAAUUCUGUCGCGCACCCAAAAAAAGCUGCGUGAAACAUUACAUGUGGGAGAAGUUGCGACGAGCAGAGAUCGACAUGGAGAGGGUGAGACAGUGGCUGAAGAUCGACGAGCUCGUAGAGCAAGAGAGACAGAUCCGUUCGAAUAUGGCGACGCGAGCCGGAGUACUGGCUUUAAUGUUACACUCCACCUACAAUCACGAAUUGAUGGAGCAAAUGACGCAGGAACAAAGUAGAGAGCAAUUGAGAACCGCCUGUUUCGAAUCGGUUCCUUAA